AUGCCAACUGUCGAUUCUGCCUCGUUUCUGCAGCCCUUCGCCCCAUGUGUGCACCGCGAAAUGUUCGCGCCCCGGCCGCAAUGCGGCGUCACAGCAGCAUGGCAAGUCGCCGAGCUCUGCCGGCCGAGCAUUGCCACCGGCGUGCGAGGCCGGGCGAUUGGAUCAGACAUGCAAAGCAAGUCUGGAAGAGUGCCGCAGCGAGCCAAGCAUAUUGCCAGCCUCGCCUCCUCCCGCUCCAAGGCCUUUGCGGCCGGAACUGCUGCAUGGGCUGGUGAGAUGGACACGGAAAGCCACAGCAUCCACCACUGGCCAUCAACUGUGAUCAGGCAGCAGCUGUCGGCACGACCUGCCUGCCUGUUCUUCGGUUUAGAGACGGUGCUGGUCCAAGGAGGACUCACGCUAGCUCCGCCAGAAAAGACUGCAAAGCCGCCUCCCGUCCUGUUCUUCGGCGUGACCAAUACCCAAGUCGGAGCCUGCAGGUUCCCGCUUAUCGUGGCUAUUUUACCCGAAGCCACCACGCAGCAAGCAGGUCCCUCGGCUGCUCUUAGCAUGCCUGGCCAGACGCUGGCGUCCAUGUCUCAGCCCAGCCCAGGCCCGCCAUGCAUGUUCGUUGCCUGCCGGAGGCGCUCACCAACGACGGACAAGCGUGACCGGGGCGGCCAUGAUUGA